GCAGCGGGCCACCGGGCGGAGCAGCAGGCACCGGGCCCCCAGGCGGAGCAGCAGGCACCGGGCCCCCAGGCGGGGCGAAGGGCACCGGGCCCCCUGGUGGGGCGACAGGCAUCGGGCCCCCAGGCGGGGCGACAGGCAUCGGGCCCCCAAGCGGAGCGGCGGGCGCCAGGCCCCCAGGAGGGGCAACGGGCAUCGGGCCCCCAAGCGGAGCGGCGAAAUCGGGCCCCCAGGCGGGGUGACAGGCAUCGGGCCCCCGGGCGGGGCGACAGGCAUCGGGCCCCCGGGCGGGGCGAGAGGCAUCGGGCCCCCGGGCGGGGCGACAGGCAUCGGGCCCCCGGGCGGGGCGACAGGCAUCGGGCCCCCAGGCGGAGCGGCGGGCGCCGGACCCCCAGGCAGAGCGACAGGUCUCGGGCCCCCAGGCGGAGCGGCGGGCGCCAGACCCCCAGGCGGAGCGACAGGUCUCGGGCCCCCAGGCGGAGCGGCGGGCACCGGACC